CCAUGGGAGUUCCUUCUCUGAGAUCAUAUACCCGGGGACAGGGAGGAGCGAACCGUGACCUUGUGAGAGGGGAUGGCGGAGACGACGAGGGCCUACCUGAGGAUGAAGACGGAUUACGCCCUCAGCGGCGGCGACGACGAGUUGAUCCGGUCGGAUCUGAAGGAGCUUGGCCUCGCCGCUAGGAGGCUCGCCAACCACGCCUUCAUUCUCGGCAGCGGCUUGGGCGUCGGCACCACUUUCCUCAAGUUCCUCGCUUCCUUCGCUGCUAUAUAUCUGUUGAUACUGGAUCGAACGAACUGGAGGACAAACAUGCUGACUUCACUUUUAAUUCCAUAUAUCUUCUUGAGCCUGCCAUCGGUACUAUUUUCCAUACUAAGAGGGGAAGUUGGGAAAUGGAUUGCAAUAAUUGCUGUUGUUCUGCGCCUUUUCUUUCCUCGGCACUUCCCUGACUGGUUGGAGAUGCCUGCAGCAUUUAUCCUUCUUGUGGUGGUUGCCCCUGGCUUUUUUGCUCACACUGUAAGAAAUGGUCUUGCUGGUGUCUUCAUAUGUCUGGCUAUUGGUUGCUACCUGCUUCAAGAGCACAUCCGGGCAUCGGGUGGCUUUAGAAACUCAUUCACAAAAAGCCAUGGUAUCUCAAACAGUAUAGGCAUCAUUCUUCUCUUGGUUUACCCUAUCUGGCGCUUGGUAGUCCAUUUUCUGUAGGCAGCUAUUGUCAUUAAGGUUCUUGAAAGUAAUGUGUGAUUGAGAGUCUUAAGUUUGAGACAUUCGUAGUUCACUUGUUUGCUAGAUCUCAGUUCUGUUGUUGUUGUGGUAAGACUUGCCUAGUCUAGUUAUUCAUUUGUAAGGUGAUGUUUUCACUGUGUAGAUCUGAGAUUAAAUAAUGAUGUGCAAUCUUCUAUAUUAGAACGAA